AUGUUUUUAAGAAUUAGUAGAAACUCAUCGCAAUUAGGGUACAAUGGGAAAAAAUCAUUGAAGUUAUUGAGUUCUGCAUCAAAGGGGUUUGUUGCUGAUAAUAAUGACACUACUGAGAAGUUGCAGUCUUCUUUCACUUAUAAAAGGUUCAAUUCUACUACUUCAACAGAUGGUAUUAAACCUACCACUAUUUCUAAAAAUGAUGAUCUAGAUAAAUUAAAUUCUUUACAAACUAAAAACAAUAAUAAUAAGAAGAACUAUAACAACACACAGCUAUAUAAUAGGAAAAAUAAUGGUAACAAUAAAAAUAGACGUAACUCUAUCACCCAUUCAGAUGAGGUUCAAACAUCUUCUCCAUGGUAUAACCAAAUAUGUGCAUUUGAUGAUUGUGUAUUGCAAUCAUUAUCAUUUUCUAGAGACCUGCCAAGACAAAAUAAAUCUAAUGGUACUGGUAGUGAAUCUUUAAUGUUUUGGGAUUCGUUAGCUAGAGCGAUGUCCCUAUAUAAUGAAUUAAUAGAAUGUCCGGAUUUGAAUGCAUACAGGGUGUGUACAUUAAUUAAUCUUUUGCAUAAUGGUCUUAGAAUUAAUAGAGGUCAACUGAUGAGACUAAAUAAAAAACCUGAUUUUGAUUCAAAAUCAUUUAAUAUGGAAAUCUCUAAAAAUAUUACUCUGUAUUUAAGAGAAAUUUCUAAUAAUAUUUUGGAUGGUAAAGUAAAAUGUAAUGAAUAUGGUGCUAUGCAUCUAUUGACCUCAUUCAAAGAAUUGAAUAAAAUCGAUGAAGCUGUAAAUGUUUGGAAACAAGCAAUGAAGAAACCUGAAUUGGUUGAUUUCUUCAUUCAUCCAAAAGUUGUCGGUGUGAUGUUGCCUCUUCUAAUGGACACACAAACAUUUACAUUUGAACAAUGUAAACAACUUUAUGAAUCAAGUAAACAAAGAAUCGAUUAUCAACAUCCAAACCUAAGUUCAGGAUUUAUCAUAACAUGUUUAUUGGCUAAAGAAAAUUUAUUGGCAUUGGAAACUUAUUCUAAAUUUUGUGACCAUUGUAGAACCGAUCAUUUCAAUUAUUUAGCAGAAGCUCAUUUGGCAUUUAUUGGUCAAUGUAAAGAUAUUGAUAUUGCAUAUUCUUUCUUUGAAAGAGCCAUUAAUUCUGAUAUGCCAUACAGAGUAAAUUUAAACGUUUCCCAAGUGAAUAGUCUAUUGGGUAAUACAUGGACUGAACUACAAGAUUUUGAAAGAGUUAAUAAGACUUGGUUAACAGCAUUGAAAUUUUAUAAAACCAAUGCGGCUUACAAGAAUCGUAAGAUCAUAGGGAUAUUAUCAUCUUUGAAUAAUGUUUAUUUCGAAAUUUUUUUCCAAAAAUAUCAAGAUGAUCCUAUAGAAGGUUUUAAACAAUUGCAAAACUCUGUCAAUUCAUAUAUAGAGAUUAAUGGUACUCUUGAUGAACCUUUCUUAAACAUUAUCCUUACUCAGUCUGCAACUUGGAAGAACCUAGAUAUCAUUAAUUCAUUACUGAAAAAUUUUGAAUUACACAGUGUACCACAAACAAUAAUUACUAAAAGAAUUACUUUGAAAAACUUAGGUUCAAUUGAUGAUAUUACCCCAAAUGAUAUUAUUAACAAGUGGAACGAGUUGAUAACAAAGGGGGAUCAAAUGGGUCAAACCUAUAUUGCAAAUGCGGAUUGGGCAGCUCUAAGAGAUGCCACUUUGGGAUGGGCUCAAAAACAUACCGGAGUUCCUGAAGCUGAAAUUAGAGUUGAGUUGUAUUACAAACUUCUAAAACUUUACAAGGUAUAUUGUCGUGACGCACGUCAAAUAAAUAGAAUAACUGUUGGUGUAAGUGCUCAACUACCAAUGGCUCAAAAAUUCCAAGAAGAAAACAAUAUUAAUACAAUUAAUACAGAUGAUAUUCCAUUCCUUGAAAACUUACAUAGUUUAGAGAUCAAUGACUCUCUGACUGGAAAUUAA